AUGGGACGCAAUGAUCGCCGCCAUGGUGGAUUGCCUGGGCAGCGCUGGCAGCUAGAAGUUCUCGGGUAUGCCAGGCUUCAAUUUGAAGACAGCAAGACAUCUUGUGGCACUUCCAGGAUUUCCCAGAUUUCCCAGAUUCACCUGCAGAAACAGGGAACAGUUGCGCCAUCUGGCCCAAUUGGCCGCAGCCCCACCUUCCUUUUCUGUAAACUCUCCAACUGCGACUCUCUCUUCAAGCCCAUGAUGUCAAUGCUCUACUCUGAGCCCUGGAGCCCUUGUAUUUGGGUUGCCCAGGUGGCACUGCAUAUAAGGAGAGACGACUUAAGAAAGAAGGAGAAGGACAGUGUUCUCCACUCUUAG